AGGUUCAAGUUUUGGAUUGAAGUGAGGGGAUCCAAAAGGAAUGGUGGGCUCAAGGCAUACUCUCCCAUCAUGGAUUAGUGCCGCAGCGUCGAGAGUCGAUUUCGACGGUAACGUUUCUUCCAUGUCGGAAGCCAUGUUCACAGAAGGGGGGGAAGCUUCUCCUCCUGAACCCCACGGCUCUAACACCCUAUCCGAUACCAAUUUGAGUUUCGGAGAACGGGCUGUCUCCGCUGCUGGUGCCGCCGUUCUAUCCGCGAUCCUCGUUAAUCCCCUUGAUGUCGCAAAGACAAGGUUGCAAGCACAGGCUGCUGGAGUUCCUUAUUCGCGUACAAGGCACCAUGUUAGUGGCCGUAUGGCCUCUCUUGGACCAAAUACGUUAUUUUCAGAUCUGAGAUGUUCUCCAUAUUGCAAUCGUGGUGGAAUGGUUGGUCCUGAAGCAGUUUGUCCUCCUGAUUGUUUUCAAUACAAAGGAACGCUGGAUGUCUUCAACAAGAUCAUACGACAGGAGGGAUUUACAAGGCUGUGGAGAGGCACAAAUGCAGGUUUAGCAUUGGCAAUACCAACUGUGGGGAUAUACUUACCUUGCUACGACCUUUUCCGCAACUGGAUUGAAGAAUUUACAUCCCAGAAUGCUCCAAACUUGAUACCGUAUGUCCCUUUAAUUGCUGGCUCAGCAGCUCGUUCAUUAGCUUGCAUUUCUUGCUAUCCUAUUGAACUUGCGAGAACCCGAAUGCAGGCAUUCAAAGAGAUGAAAAUUGGCGCAAAGCCUCCAGGAGUGUGGAAGACUCUCCAUGGAGUCCUCUCACCUGUCAGAGGCUCAAGUAAUAACUUCCAAAACUUGCAAAGCUACCGCAUCCUGUGGACUGGAGUUGGAGCACAACUUGCUCGUGAUGUUCCCUUCUCCGCAAUUUGCUGGUCAACAUUAGAGCCAAUUAGGAGAACCCUUCUUGGUCUGGUGGGUGAAGAAGCCAAUGCAGCAAGUAUCCUCGGGGCAAAUUUUGCUGCAGGUUUUGCUGCUGGUAGCCUUGCUGCUGCUGCUACAUGUCCUCUAGAUGUUGCGAAAACCCGAAGGCAAAUAGAGAAGGAUCCAACGAGGGCAUUAAAAAUGACAACAAAGACAACGCUAAUGGAGAUCUGGAGGGAUGGAGGUAUGAAAGGGCUUUUUACAGGCAUUGGUCCGCGUGUUGGUCGUGCUGGUCCAUCAGUUGGAAUUGUUGUUUCCUUCUAUGAAGUUGUGAAAUACUUUCUGCACCAGAGAACUGCAACAUCAUAAUAAACACAGUUUGAUAUACUAAGGAUUCCAAUAUUUGCACAUACCUGCGGCUCAAAGGAUACAAUAAACUACUGUGACCUUCUAUGGAAAUGACUCGGCUCGA